AUGACAACAGAUACACGGUGGAGCUCCCUGCAUUAUGGUAAGUGCUCCACAGAGCACAGAGGCAGCUGAGUGAUGGAAGUGCACCCUGUAGUGUAGGGGACUGUAGGGCCAGCCAUAUCUGAUAUAUUUGCUGUCUCAAAAAAAGAAACGUCAGUAGUUUAAAAAAAUGUGAAAGCAUUAAAGCCUAACCACUCCUUUUGUCCCUGUGCCACAGGUAAUAAAUCCCAGGACAGCAGCAUCGUAGAGAUGGAGGAGCUUCCUGUCCCUCAGAACAUCAAAAUCAGCAACAUCACAUGUGACUCUUUCAAGAUUUGCUGGGACAUGGAGCCCCGUGUCAAGGAGCGCAUCACUCACUACUUCAUUGACCUCAAUAAGAAAGAGAACAAGAACUCCAACAAGUUCAAACACAAGGUAACCUAUCACACACACAACAACAACAACUAGGCUAUUUCAAAGGAAUAGCUCACAGAUAUUUCCUAAUUCUAUAAUACAAUCAAUCAAUCACAUUUAUUAUAUAAAGACCUUUUCACAUCAGCAUUUGUCACAAAGUGCUUUAGAUACACAGCCUAAAACACCAAAAAGCGAGCAAUGCAGAGGCAGAAGCACAGUGGCUAGGAAAAACUAGAGCGGGAAGUUGUCUAUAAAAUUAUUUCUACAUAAUGAGGCAAGUCAUUUAGUUAGAGCUAGAACACCAACCAGUAUUUACCCACAUCGUAACCUUUCUACUCCAAACAAGAAGUGUAUCAGGUGUAAGCUUUUACCAGUGCUCAGAACUGACACUCCCACACACUCUCUAACGCCAGGUAACCUUGUGUACUCUACUAGCAGACUUAGCUCUGAGCAGUAACGAUAUCACAUAAUGCUAGCAGAGACUAAUUGCACAAGAUGGCUGCUGUUUCAGCCGUUAAUCUAAUGGAGCUAAUGUAAGAUCUUACAGACCCAUUUCAUCAGUCUCCCAGCUCACAUUCACAUUCUGGGUGUAGUGACCAUGAAAGCCCCCCCCACAAAGGAAGUGUUUUUCUUCUCAUUCUCUGUGUGAAUAUAGACCGCAUGCAGUUAUUUUCAUUACAGCACGCAGGGACGAUGUUGUGCAUUAAUGUACUACUGUUGUCGCUACACAGGGGCUGGUGUAAUACUGCAGGGUGUGCGGGCCCAAUCAAUGUCCUGCUAAAGCAUAGAUGGAGGAGAUAGGAAGUAUAGUACUAGGCUCCAUAGUAUAAAGUGAAUACAUUUUGAGGACAUGGGGAUAAGGGAAUGCUACAGUCUAUACAGUGCCUUCAGAAAGUAUUCAGACCUCUUGACUUUUUCCCCAUUUUGUUACAUUACAGCCUUAUUCUAAAAUUGAUUAAAUGGCUUUUUCCCCUCAUAAAUCUACACACAAUACCCCCAUAAUGACAAAGGUUUUUUGCAAAUGUAUAAAAAAAAUAAAACUGAAAUAUCAUAUUUACAUAAGUAUUCAGACCCUUUACUCAGUACUUUGUUGAAGCACCUUUGGCAGCGAAUACCCAAGAAGACUCGAUGCUGUAAGACGCUACAAGCUUGGCACACCUGUAUUUGGGGAGUUUCUCCCAUUCCUCUUUGCAGAUCCUCUCAAGCUCUGUCAGGUUGGAUGGGGAGCGUUGCUGCACAGCUAUUAUCAGGUCUCUCCAGAGAUGUUCGAUCGGGUUCAAGUCUGGGCUCUGGCUGGGCCACUCAAGGACAUUCAGAGACUUGUCCCAAAGCCACUCCUGCGUUGUCUUGGCUGUGUGCUUAGGGUCGUUGUCCUGCUGGAAGGUGAACCUUUGCCCCAGUCUGAGUUCCUGAGCGCUCUGGAGCAGGUUUUCAUCAAGGAUCUCUCUGUACUAUACUCCGUUCAUCUUUGCCUCGAUCCUGACUAGUCUCCCAGUCCCUGCCGCUGAAAAACAUCCCCACAGCAUGAUGCUGCCACCACCAUGCUUCACCGUAGGGAUGGUGCCAGGUUUCCUCCAGACGUGACGCUUGGCAUUCAGGCCAAAGAGUUCAAUCUUGGUUUCAUCAGACCAGAGAAUCUUGUUUCUCAUGGUCUCAGAGGCUUUAGGUGCCUUUUGGCAAACUCCAAGCGGGCUGUCAUGUGCUUUUACUGAGGAGUGGCUUCCGUCUGGCCACUCUACCAUAAAGGCCUGAUUGGUGGAAUGCUGCAGAGAUGGUUGUCCUUCUGGAAGGUUCUUCCAUCUCCACAGAGGAACUCUAGAGCUCUGUCAGAGUGACCACCAGGUUCUUGGUCACCUCCCUGACCAAGGCCCUUCUCUCCCGAUUGCUCAGUUUGGCCGGGCCGCCAGCUCUAGGAAGAGUCUUGGUGGUUCCAAACAUCUUCCAUUUAAGAAUGAUGGAGGCCACUGUAUUCUUGGGGACCUUCAAUGCUGCAGACAUGUUUUGGUACCCUUCCCGAGAUCUGUGCCUCGACACAAUCCUGUCCCUGAGCUCUACGGACAUUCCUUCGACCUCAUGGCUUGGUUUUUGCUCUGACAUGCACUGUCACCUGUGGGACCUUAUAUAGACAGGUGUUUGCCUUUCCAAAUCAUGUCCAAUCAAUUGAAUUUACCACAGGUGGACUCCAAUCAAGGUGUAGAAACACCUCAAGGAUGAUCAGUGGAAACAGGAUGCACCUGAGCUCAAUUUCGAGUCUCAUAGCAAAUGCGCUGAAUAUUUCUGUAAAUAAGGUAUUUCAGUUUUUUCUUUUUAAUAAAUUGGCCAAAGUUUCUACAAAGCUGUUUUUGCUUCGUCAUUAUGGGGUAUUGUGUGUAGAUUGCUGAGUUUUUUGUUCUAUUUAAUCCAUUUUAAAAAUAAGGCUGUAGCGUAACAAAAUGUGGAAAAUAUCAAGGGGUCUGAAUACUUUCCGAAGGCACUGUGUCGUUUGUGCAGCUUAACACUGAGAAGUGUGUUUAUGCUGAGUUUCUGUUUUGGUUGCAUUAAUAUAUAUCAAUAAUAAGUAGGCCCCUACUGCCUUUGGUGUCAGUUGUGUAAGAAACAGAAGGUAGUAGACAUGACAAAUGACAUUGGAAUGGUGACGUUACGUGAAAGCGCUGAUGUCACUUAAUUAACCUACAGUGAGGGAAAAAAGUAUUUGAUCCCCUGCUGAUUUUGUACGUUUGCCCACUGACAAAGAAAUGAUCAGUCUAUAAUUUUAAUGGUAGGUUUAUUUGAACAGUGAGAGACAGAAUUACAACAAAAAAAUCCAGAAAAACGCAUGUCAAAAAUGUUAUAAAUUGAUUUGCAUUUUAAUGAGGGAAAUAAGUAUUUGACCCCCUCUCAAUCAGAAAGAUUUCUGGCUCCCAGGUGUCUUUUAUACAGGUAAUGAGCUGAGAUUAGGAGCACACUCUUAAAGGGAGUGCUCCUAAUCUCAGUUUGUUACCUGUAUAAAAGACCUGUCCACAAAAGCAAUCAAUCAAUCAGAUUCCAAACUCUCCACCAUGGCCAAGACCAAAGAGCUCUCCAAGGAUGUCAGGGACAAGAUUGGAAUGGGCUACAAGACCAUCGCCAAGCAGCUUGGUGAGAAGGUGACAACAGUUGGUGCGAUUAUUCGCAAAUGGAAGAAACACAAAAGAACUGUCAAUCUCCCUCUGCCUGGGGCUCCAUGCAAGAUCUCACCUCGUGGAGUUGCAAUGAUCAUGAGAACGGUGAGGAAUCAGCCCAGAACUACACAGGAGGACCUUGUCAAUGAUCUCAAGGCAGCUGGGACCAUAGUCACCAAGAAAACAAUUGGUAACACACUACGCCGUGAAGGACUGAAAUCCUGCAGCGCCCGCAAGGUCCCCUGCUCAAGAAAGCACAUAUACAGGCCCUUCUGAAGUUUGCCAAUUAACAUCUGAAUGAUUCAGAGGAGAACUGGGUGAAAGUGUUGUGGUCAGAUGAGACCAAAAUCGAGCUCUUUGGCAUCAACUCAACUCGCCGUGUUUGGAGGAGGAGGAAUGCUGCCUAUGACCCCAAGAACACCAUCCCCACCGUCAAACAUGGAGGUGGAAACAUUAUGCUUUGGGGGUGUUUUUCUGCUAUGGGGACAGGACAACUUCAAAUCAAAUCAAAUUUUAUUUGCCACUUGCGCCGAAUACAACAGGUGUAGACAUUACAGUGAAAUGCUUACUUACAACCCUUAACCAACAAUGCAUUUUUUUUUUUAUAAAAAAGUUAAAUAAAACAACAUCAAAAAAGUGUUGAGAAAAAAAGAGCAGAAGUAAAAUAAAAUAACAGUAGGGAGGCUAUAUAUACAGGGGGGUACCGGUGCAGAGUCAAUGUGCGGGGGCACCGGCUAGUUGAGGUAGUUGAGGUAAUAUGUACAUGUGGGUAGAGUUAAAGUAAAAGUAAAAUGUGGGUAGAGUUAAAGUAAAAAGAUGGGGUGGGGGUGGGGGUGGGGGGGGCAGUGCAAAUAGUCUGGGUAGCCAUGAUUAGCUGUUCAGGAGUCUUAUGGCUUGGGAGUAGAAGCUGUUGAGAAGUCUUUUGGACCUAGACUUGGCACUCCGGUACCGCUUGCCGUGUGGUAGCAGAGAGAACAGUCUAUGACUAGGGUGGCUGGAGUCUUUGACAAUUUUUAGGGCCUUCCUCUGACACCGCCUGUUAUAGAGGUCAUAGAUGGCAGGAGGUUCUCACCGCAUCAAAGGGACGAUGGACGGGGCCAUGUACUGUCAAAUCUUGGGUGAGAACCUCCUUCCCUCAGCCAGGGCAUUGAAAAUGGGUCGUGGAUGGGUAUUCCAUCCCUCCUGAGAUGUGUGCAAACCUGGUGGCCAACUACAAGAAACGUCUGACCUCUGUGAUUGCCAACAAGGGUUUUGCCACCAAGUACUAAGUCAUGUUUUGCAGAGGGGUCAAAUACUUAUUUCCCUCAUUAAAAUGCAAAUCAAUUUAUAACAUUUUUGACAUGCGUUUUUCUGGAUUUUGUUGUUGUUAUUCUGUCUCUCACUGUUCAAAUAAACCUACCAUUAAAAUUAUAGACUGAUCAUGUCUUUGUCAGUGGGCAAAUGUACAAAAUCAUAUAUAUGUAUAUAUUUAUUUUACUAGGCAAGUCAGUUCUUAUUUACAAUGAUGGCCAAACCCAGCUGGUCCAAUUGUGCACCGCACAAUCACGGCCGGAUCAUGAUACAGCCUGGAAUUGAACCAGGGUCUGUAGUGAUGCUUCUAACACUGAGAUGCAGUGCCUUAGACCACUGUGCCACUCGGGAGCCUGGGAUUGAACCCGCCACAUAUGAUAUGUUGCUUGUGCAGCUGAACAGUGAAUAAUGUGUUUAUGCAGAGUUUUUGUUUUGUUUGUAGAGAUGUAAGCUUUGUGUACGUUACACACUCUCUGUCUGUGUCCCUGUCCAGGAUGUUCCCACUAAGCUGGUGGCGAAGGCAGUUCCUCUGCCGAUGACAGUGAGGGGUCACUGGUUCCUCAGCCCGCGUACAGAGUACACUGUGGCCGUCCAGACAGCUUCCAAACAGACUGACGGAGACUACGCUGUGUCAGAGUGGAGCGAGAUCAUAGAGUUCACCACCGCCGGUGAGGCGAGGGGCAGGGAAACAAAGCUUUUUGAAAUUUAGAUUUUUUUAGGCAUAUCCCUAAAACCUUCUGCCUUUAUUUGAUGGACAUGCUAUAUUCUCUCUUAUAUUUGUCUAAUGGCUAAUCCGAACCCCUGUUUCCAGAUUAUUCCACGGUGCAUCUAACCCAACUGCUGGAGAAGGCUGAGGUCAUUGCAGGGAGGAUGCUGCGCUUCUCUGUGUUCUACAGGAACCAGAACAAAGAGUACUUUGACCAGGCCAGGUACGUAUGUCUGCACAACAACCAGCAAAUGUAUUCUGAUGUUAUGAUACUGCAUUUUAAAAGUUUAAAGCGGAAUCACGUAAUAUGGAGAAGAAAAAAAAUAGGGCUGCACAUGACCCUUUACUGAUACCGCCUUCCCUUUCAACUGAAAUUGUGAGAUUCUUUCCUCACAGCUCAAGGGAAAGGGUCCAGAUGUUAUAGUUUGAAGCAUUUUUUAAUAUGCUCAGAUCUGCAUGUGUAGGGGCCUCCCGAGUGGUGCAGCGGUCUAAAGCACUGCUUGAGGCGUCACUACAGACCCGGGUUCGAUCCCAGGCUGUGUCACAGCAGGCUGUGACCGGGAGACCCAUGAGGCGGCGCAGAAUUGGCCCAGUGUUGUCCGGGUUAGGGGAGGGUUUGGCCUGCCGGGAUUUCCUUGUCCCAUUGCACUCUAGUGACUCCUUGUGGCGGGCCGGGCACCUGCAAGCUGACACAUUGCUGCGGCUCGCUUCUGGGUUAAGCAAGCAGUGCAGCUUGGCAGGGUUGUGUUUUGGAGGACGCAUGGCUCUCUCCCGAGUCCGUAGGGGAGUUGCAGCGAUGGGACAACGCUGUAACUACCAAUUGGGGAGGAAAAAGGGGUAAAAGUACAACAACAAAAAAGAUCUGCAUGUGUAGGGCUAGUUCUGUAUUUGGGGACCGUGGAUCAAUCACCUCCCCUCCAAAAAUACAUAGUACAAUCGAGAUUUGAUUGUGAAUCAGCAGUUUUUUUUUACUGUUAUGUCAGUCACUGACAGUCACUCAAUAAGCCCAUGUCAGCAAAUACGUUUUUGAUUGGUAAGUUAGUUUAGCCACAUAUCUAAACUUGUAGUAAUCAUGUUCGAAUUCCCGGCCAGGGGACCCCAUUGAUUUUGUUAGUUACUGUCACUCAGAUAUCAUAUUAAAAACUGCAAAAUGAAUAGAACUGCAUUAAAUUAGUUAUAAAGUUGCAAAAUCUUCACUUCUCCCCAUGGAAAAAUUUGUAGAAUUGCAGCAAAAUUGCUUUAAAAUUGCUAAAUGUUCUCUACGCCCCAUGGCAAAAUGUGUUGAAUUGCAGGAAAUUAACCCUAAAACAUUUUUUUCUCUCAUCUGUCAAUAAUUACAGCAGGUAGGUUUGAAAUUAUUUGGGUAGGUUUGAAAUUAUUUGGAAGAGGGGGGCCGCUAAAAUGUUUUGCUUGCAAGGCCCCCAAAAGGGCCCCCAAACGGCUAAGGCCGGCUCUGACUGCAUGUGUGGGUAUGAAUGUGGGUACGCAGACCCGGGAGCCACUGCGGCCCCUCGUGAUGAGUUCAGAUUUUUGUGGUCCCCAUCAAAGUUGCCCGUCCCUGGUCUAAGCUCAACAGAAGGGUAUUAUUGCAAAAAAGAGUGUUGACAGAAGUCGUAUUAGUUCUCCAAAUCCAUUCAUAAACUCUGCUACAUUGCAUUAUACAAAAAGUAAAGUAUCCGGGUUAGCAGAUUAUAGUUCAUUAAAACAGCAGUUCUGGAAAUCUGUUUACUUGUAGGAUUUGCUUCAUUCUGAACUAGAAGAGUAACAUGGUCACGAAACUUCUGAAUUACUAUUUUGCACAAGGUAAGUAUAAAAGUAAAAAAAAAUAAAAAUCAAUUUGCGCAUAUGCUGGAACAAAUUACCUUCCCAAUGACCGCAUGCGUUGGACCUGUAUUAAUUUUUCCAAAUAAUUUCAAACCUACCCGCUGUAAUUGCUGGAAUAAAUGAAGAAGAAGCAUUGUGCUCGGAGAAGCAAAGUAUAUUCUGAUGAAAGAGGAAGCGGAGUGUGUAGCAAACACCUGGCAGACUGACAGGAAAGCAAGAUAGAGAGAGAGAGAGAGAAACAGAGUGAGCGAGACAGAGAGGAGAUGAGUCUGUUGUAUUUGCUGAUGUGUCUUAAGGGAUUAUGUAUUUUUUGGGAGGGGUAAGACAUCUUCUGCUCUCUAGUUUUAUCUUCUCUUGUUUUCAUUUCUCUGUGGCGUAGCAUGGUUAAGGACCAUAAAAUGAGGCCUUUGCUAUGAUGACCCAGGUGGGACCUGAAUAAUUAGAUCAUUACCAUGACAGAGACAAUUAUGGUUAUAAUGAUAGCCUUUAAAGUGUUACCAAUGUAAUUACGCCAAUAAUUGAAGACUUUGGAGCUCGGAUCUGCGUCAUAGGAGAUCUGACAGCCAAUUUAUACGUACCUCAGAAGCACUGUGCUUUUUUCAAAGUUUCUACUAUUCAUUUGUUGGCAUCCAGAGCUCUUUCCGAAUACAAUCUGUCUAGGGCAAAGGAAGGUGUCUGUUUACCAGGCAGAAAACGGAGGAGAAAUUUGCAUUAACUAGUGGCUGGAUUCAAUCCGUAUCACGGAUGUAUCGCAGAAGAUCUGUGUUAAAAUGUUAAGAUAAUUUCCGAUUGAGCUGACAUAUGCAGUGUUUACUGUGAAUGCAGUCUCCGCAAACGCAGGAACAUUGCCUUUCAAUUUAAAUUGAGCUAUAACGCAGAUCUUCCACGAUACUUCUGUGAUAAGAAUUGAAUCCAGCCCUAGAUUAAAUUGAUUAGGGGCUCGAUUCAAUCCGUUAUGCUGAAGAUCUGAGCUACAGCGAGACAUACAUUUAAAGAAGACAGCAUGCGGUAAACGCUGCAUAUGUCAGCUUAAUCAGAAAUUACCUUAUAAUUUCAAUCGCGCUAUAACGCUGAACUUCCACGAUAUGGAUCGAAUCAAGCCCUAGAUCCGUCUUUUUACUAAUGGUUUCCGAAAUGUAGCCUUUCUGAUAACUUGUUUGCAUUGUCAAGAGACGCAUUGACAAGCUUUUGAUAGGAUCCAAUUACUACCCUAAUCCCUGGUUGUACUGAUGAUGCAUUGUAACAACCUAUAGUAUAGUGAAUACUCAGACAGUUGUCCAUGUUUCCUCUCCAGGGAGGUGCAUGGGAACCACAUGCUGCCAGCAGUGAAGGACAACAGUGGAAGCCACGGCUCACCUAUCAGCGGAAAGCUGGAGGGCCUCUACUUCAGCUGCAACACAGAGUUCAACACAGGCAAGCCCCCCCAGGAUUCCCCCUACGGCCGCACACGCUUCGAGAUCCAGGCUGAGACCCUGUUCAACCCCAAGACUAAUCUCUACUUCGGGGACUUCUACUGCAUGUACACAGCCUACCACUACGUCAUACUGGUGCUGGCCCCACAGGGCUCGCCCGGCGAUGACUUCUGUAAGGCAAGGCUGCAAGCGCUCGAUAUCACCAACAACCACUUCCUGACGUGCACGGUGGAUGAGGAGGCAGGCGACGGGGCGCUGGUGUUCCGGCACUCCCAGGAUGUGAUCCUGGAGGUGAUCUACACGGAGCCCGUGGACCUGGCGCUGGGCACGGUGGCAGAGAUCAGCGGGCACCAGCUCAUGAGCCUUUCUACUGUCAACGCCAAGAAGGACCCCAGCUGCAAGACCUGCAACAUCAGCGUGGGACGCUAGUGGGAGACUGGACUGGACCUGUGCUACACACAAAUGCAACCCCAACCUUUACACACCUCUAUAUCCACAAAUAACCACCCUCCCAAAAGAAGAACAGUGCAAAAGACGGACCCAGACUGUGAAAGAAAUGUAACAACAGGGUGCGGUGCUAGAAUUCAUAAACCAUUAGCAUACACACACACACACACACACACACACACAUAAGCAAAACACAUAAUUCAUAACCCUUUACAUCCUCAAAGGACCACCCUCCCAAAAGUGUGGAAUUCUAUUCAAUCCUCCCGCCAACCCCAUUAGAAGAGAAACAAUGCAAAAGAGGGAGCCCCAACUGAAAGAUAUACAGCUUAAGUGUGGGACCCUAA